GCGCUUGUCUUGGAUAUGGCUAAAGUUCUGCUUGACAACUACUGCUUCCCAGAAAAUCUAGUUGGUAUGCAGGAGGCAAUCCAACAAGCUAUAAGUAGCGGUGAGAUCCUACACAUAUCUGAUCGGAAAAUGCUGGCAGCUGUUCUGACUGCCGGUGUUCAAGGUGCACUCAAUGACCCCAGACUGACCGUGUCUUAUGAGCCUAAUUAUGUUCCAGUCACGCCACCUGCACUCCCGACGCUGCCCACUGAACAGCUGAUACGGCUAAUCAGGAAUUCUGUUAAACUUGAGGUGAUGGACAAAAAUGUUGGCUACCUGAGGAUUGACCGUAUUAUAGGUCAGGAGACUACAGCGAAACUAGGACGCCUCCUUCAUGACAACAUCUGGAAGAAGGUCGCCCAUACAUCUGCAAUGAUCCUGGAUCUGCGUUUCAGCACAGCUGGGGAACUGUCUGGUGUACCAUAUAUUGUUUCAUUUUUUUCUGACUCUGAACCCAUUUUGCACAUAGACAAAAUCUACGAGCGACCCACUAACACUACAAAGGAUUUAUGGACAAUGCCAUCUCUCCUUGGGGUUCGAUAUGGGAAAAGAAAAGACCUGAUCGUUUUAAUCAGCAAGCGCACCACAGGUGCAGCAGAAGCUGUUGCCUACAUUUUAAAACAUUUAAAAAGAGCUGUCAUUGUUGGAGAAAGGUCCGCAGGGGGGUCGGUUAAGGUUGAAAAGUUAAGAUUUGGGGACUCUGGUUUUUAUAUAACAGUCCCUGUAGCUAGAUCUAUUAACCCUGUAACAGGGCAGAGUUGGGAGGUGAGUGGGGUGUCACCAUCCGUGACUGUCAACCCAAAGGAAGGCAUUGCCAAAGCCAAGUCCCUCAUUGCUGUCAGGAAAGCAAUACCGAGAAUAACAAAAAGAGUGUCAGACAUCAUUAAACAGUUUUAUUCAUUUAGAGAUAAAAUCCCAGCUUUGCUAAAUCAGAUUGCUGAAGCAGACUUUUUUACAGUGAUUUCUGAGGAGGACUUGGCGGCAAAACUUAAUUAUGAGAUGCAGUCAGUCUUUGAGGACCAUCGUUUGACUAUCAAGGUAAUGCCAAGAUCAUCUUUCAUCAUUGAAAAUGGGCAGGAACAAGACACAAUGCCAGAACAAUAUUCAUCUUUUGAUAACCUCAUUGAUACACUAUUCAAAUUGGAAAUUCUUUCUGGAAACAAUGGAUAUGUCCGUUUCGACAGGUUCCCUAUGCCCACAAUAUUGUUAGGACUGGAGGAUCAAAUCAAAGAAAAGGUCUGGCAACCAAUCAAAGACACAGAGAACCUGAUUAUUGAUCUACGCUACAACACUGGCGGAUCCUCCGAGGCCUUGCCGAUUCUGCUAUCCUAUAUGUUUGACCCCUCAUCAAAUAUUCACCUCUUUUCUAUCUACGACAGUAUGCGAAACAUGACCAUUGAUUUUCACACCCUACACAACAUCAGUGGACCUUACUAUGGUUCCAGAAAGGGUAUUUAUAUUUUGACAAGCUAUUACACUGCAGAAGCUGGAGAAGAGUUUGCAUACCUGAUGCAGUCCCUGCAUAGAGGCACUGUUAUUGGGGAAAUAACCUCUGGAACAUUACUUCACUCAAGGACUUUUCACAUUGAAGACACAAGCCUUGCCAUAACUGUCCCUGUCAAAAAUUUCAUUGAUGUAAAUGGCGAAUGCUGGCUUGGUAGUGGUGUAGUUCCUGAUGCCAUAGUGAUCGCAGACGAUGCAGUGGAGCGAGUUCAUGAAAUCAUUGAGUUUCACAAGGAUAUUCAGGCUUUGGUGCAAGAAGCAGGUGAUCUCUUGGAGGCAUAUUACACCAUACCUGAAGUUGCCGCAAAAACGAGUAGAUUGUUACGAUCCAAAAUGACUGAGGGACUGUAUCGCUCAGUUGUUGACUAUGAAUCUCUUGCAUCUCAGCUGACUGCAGAUCUCCAAGAGACCACUGGUGAUCACAGGCUGCACAUUUUCUACUGUGAAAUUCAACCGGAGUCGCUGCAUGAUGUUCCCAAAAUCCCCUCACCAGAAGAGGUGGGGUUCAUCAUUGAUGCCCUCUUCAAAACCGAGGUAAUGUCUGGGAAUAUUGGUUAUUUGCGAUUGGACAUGAUGGAAGACAUAACAGUCGUGCGGGCAAUUGGCCCGCAGCUCAUCAAAGUUGUGUGGAACAAGUUGGUAAACACAGAUGUGCUAAUAAUUGAUUUUCGCUAUAACAGAGGAGGCUAUUCCACAGCCAUUCCACUACUUUGCACCUACUUUUUUGAUGAACAACCGUUGAGACACCUCUACACCAUUUUUGAUCGUGCCACCACAACUAUGACAAAGGUUAUGACCCUCCCAGAAGUGUUAGGACAGAGGUAUGGCUCCAAGAAAAAUAUUUAUAUCCUGACAAGUCACAUGACUGGAUCAGCUGCUGAAAUAUUCACUAGAACAAUGAAAGACCUGAACAGGGCCACUGUAAUUGGUGAGCCCACUAUCGGAGGCUCCAUCUCAAGUGGGACAUAUCAAAUUGGGGAUAGCAUUCUGUACGCUUCCAUUCCCAAUCAGGUGGUUCUGAGUGCAGUUACUGGAAAAGUGUGGAGUUUAUCUGGAGUUGAGCCACAUAUAGCAGCUCAGGCAAGUGAUGCACUUACUGUUGCCCAAAAAAUAAUUGGUGAAAGGCACCAGAGGCAAGAUUCAGAGUUCAGCUGUGCAGUAGUACCAGGAACCAAACUGGCCAACAUGGCUCAAGCUCUAGUUCUACUAGCCGCGUCACUACUGAUCUUCAGCAAUGUGGCUCACUGUGCAUUCUCCCCCACACUUUUUAUGGAUAUGGCAAAACUUUUCAUAGAUAACUACUGCCCACCAGAAAAACUCGCUGGUAUGGAAGAGGCAGUUGAAGCUGCUGGCAUACCUCCAGCCAUGCCUGACAUCCCACCAGAACACCUGGCUGCAGUGAUCAAAGGUACUGUUGGAGUCAAGGUCCUCAAUGGCAACAUUGCUUACCUGAAGAUUCAGCACAUCAUUGGAGAGGAGAUGGCUCAAAAUUGGGCCCCUUCUGGGACAAAUGGUGAGCUCUCCGGAAUUCCAUACAUUGUGUCCUACUUCACUGUUUCUGAACCUCUUAUCCACAUUGAUUCCAUGUACGAUCACCCCUCUGACACCACCACAGAGCUGUGGUCCAUGCCCACCCUCUUGGGCAAGAGGUAUGGAACCUACACACCCUUGAUCAUUCUAACCAGCAAUAACAAUCUUGGGAUUGAAGAAGAUGCUUAUUGCCUUAAAAACCUUAAGAGGACCACCAUCGUUGGAAAGAACGCAGCUGGGGGAACAGUAAAGAUUGACAAAAUCAAGGUUGGUGACACUGACUUCUAUGUGUCUGUGCCAGUUACUAAGUCCGUUAAGCCCAUCACUGGCAAGAGCUGGGAGAUCAAUGGAGUGGCACCAGAUAGUCAGUCACCAGAGACAUUCAUUAAUCUCAUCAAAGUUUUGUUUCACACUGAUGUAUUUGAAAAUAACAUUGGUUACAUUGAUUUUGAGCAUGUUGUUGCCAUCGCUCAGAUCAUUGUGGAACACGUCUGGAACAAAGUGGUUGACACUGAUGCACUGAUCAUUGAUCUGAGGAACAAUGUCGGUGGGCCAACUUCCUCUAUUGCUGGCUUUUGCUCAUACUUCUUUGAUGAAGACAAGCUAAUUGUGCUCGACAGACCUUCCAAUACCACAAGAGAUGUCCUAACCCUAACAAAACUGACAGGUAUUGUUGAUCCACAUUUCCAAAUCAUCACUUUAUUAAUUGUCAGCAAAAAGAGCUUGUUAAUCCUCAACAGUGGUGUGACCGCUGGAGCUGCUGAGGAGUUUGUUUUUAUCAUGAAGAGGCUGGGACAUGCAAUGAUUAUAGAUGAGACAACCAGUCGAAGCUGUCAUCCCCCAGAGAUCUUCCUCCUGGGUUAGAGCGAUGCGUUCCUGUCUAUUCCAAUCAGCCAUUCAGACACUUCUCUGGGCCCUUCCUGGGAGGGUGCUGGCAUUGCCCUCGCAUUACAGUGCCCGCUGACGUGGCCUCAACACAGCAAAGGGCAUCCUCAACAAGCAUUUUUCUGGCCAGAAAUAAUCUGGGUCUGGUAUAGAAUCCAAAUGAUGUUGAAUAUGAAUCUUUUAGAUUCAUAUUGUAAAGAGGCAGUUAUACUGUUUAGAUUUUUAAGGUCAUUUUAGAAGGCAUGUAUCCAUGCUAGUUCAAACAUAUUGUAUUAUUUUUCUUAUAUAGUUCUUUACAACCCAUCCAAUCUAAAGCAAUUUGGUAGAGGAGAAAGUGAUGGAAAUGAACAUCCCUCCAGCAUAUUAAAACUGAUGAUUGAUUACUUAAAAAGUAAUUUUCAUGUAUUCCUGUUCUGAAGGUGAAUAUGUGUGUUUGGUACAUUGUGUUCUAGUUUCCU